GUGACCAGGAAGCAAAUAGCACGUUAGCUCGUUUGCUAUUAUUAUUUUUUUGUUAUUUAAAUUCCAUACCCGGUUCUUCAGUUUCUCAGUAUUAAUCGCAGUUAAUAUAAAGUAUAAGUUUGAAGUUGUGGCUGACUUCCUGCUGUCGGAGUAUUUUUUUGGGAUAUGAUGCUAGUUAGCUAAGCUAUAGUAGCUAAGUAACAAGGUGCAGCAUGAAAGCCAUGAUAAUGAGGCAUUGUGUUCUUCAUGGACCCAGUGGAUCAUGUCUCUGAUCCUGUUCGCCUUCGUGGUUCGUGUCAGGGAUGGACUCCCCCUGUCGGCCUCCACAGACUUUGAACACAACCGAGAGCUCCAGGAGAGGAAGCAGCAGCUCAGGACCAUCAGCAAAGUGCUGGGACGCUUCCCUGACAGAGGCUCCGUCAAGGGCCAGGAGCUCAACAUAUUCUUCAUCUCUUCAGAGGGUGUAUCCUACAUGACUGUGUGCCACUGCAGCCUCCCUGUUGCUAAGGCCUUCUGCUUCCUGGAAGAUCUGCGCUGGGAGUUCACAGCAUGCUUCAAAAGCACUGUUGUUGCCUUGGCAGCCAGGCCAUAUCCAUUUUUGGAAUUUGACGGCACCAUUCAGAAGCUGAAGCAGCAGUACAACCAGAGUGGUGGUCCAGCCCUCGAGGUGACGCUGGCAGAAGUCCAGGAGGAUUUGAGGAUCCAUCCACUACAAGUAAUUAACUUGGAUGAGGUGGAGCUCACCAACGGCAUCGCAAAUGGGCAUAUGGAGCAAGGACCUGGAUCUGGUCAGAAUGUGAGACUCCAACCAGUGACAGCUCCAGGCAUCCUGUCUCUGGUCCUGAACAUCGUGUGUGCGUCGUUGAACGUAAUUCGUGGUGUGCACCUCAUCGAGUACACGUUCCAGGAUGACUAUGAAGGUGUAUGGAAUGUUGUGGCAUUUCUUUUGGCGUUUGUCUGCUGUGUGUUUCAGUGCCACCUCUACCUGUUCCAUUCAUCCCUGAAGAAACUGAAGUCCUUCACUCUGUUGAGCGUGGUCGUCCUAUGCAACUUGUACCUGCUCGGCCUGAGGAACAUAUGGCAGAUGAUCUUUCACAUUUCAGUCGCUUCGCUGGCCACUGUCCUCACCCUCACCCGCAAAGUCCAGGACAGAACCAAUGACUGUGGGGUGUGAGGAGCUCAGGAUACUUAACAGUGUGUUGCACCUCAUCCAGCUAUUUGUGUCUCCAGGUUACAGCACAGGUGAGAACAACAUGGAUGAAAAUGUGUUGAUCCAGUUUUGGUGAUGCCCUGCCCUUUAACAAAAACCUUCACAAACUUUGUGUCGUCAUAGAAAAUGACUUGUGUACUUGCACUUUGUGUGAACUGUUUUACUACACUGCACCAAACAGACACUGAAAUGCAGUUUUUUUUCUGGUUUCUUACAAAUAUCUGGUUAACCUUAAAGUAGCUCUGUAAAAUGAAGCAAAAAGGAGACUGGAAACUUCAGGAACAAAAAGGUGGAUCAAUCUCCGUCAGACCCGUCCUGUUCAAAAUGUUUGGGAAGAAGAUGCAGGAGUUUACUUUUUUUAUUUGUUGACCAAAGUUUUCUCACAGAAACAAUAGUUGUUGUUGAAGCUGGUUAUACUUCUGAUUUUAAAAUAAGAGCUCAGUAUUAUUUCUGCAACCAGGGGUCAUUGAUUAUCUUUGUAAUAAUCAGUUUACAAUGCUAAGUGGCGGUUCUUGAUUGUAACAUUUGAUUUAAUUUUACUUGAAAAAUAGGCAAUUAGAAAGAUAAUUAAAAACUCAAUUUGGCAUUGAGAUAUUUAAACUAUUUAGUU